AGAAAUAAUAAUAAUAAAAAAAUUAUACAUAAACAACAACAACAAUUUCUACAUGGGUAUAUGUGUGUGACGUAAACAAAAAAUACGUACAGAUAAGUUGGCUUACCGAAUAAAGGCAGAGAUUGUUGUAACAUAAAUUCCAGGUGAGAGAAAACUGGUCCUAAUUGCUGAUCAUCCAAAAAAGGUUGACAAACAACAUCAACAUAAAAUAUAUUUAUUUUUCAUGUUAGGGUCAAGUUUAUAUUCAUUGACUAUUUAAAUAUUUCCUUAUUUAUCAUGAAAAUAAAUUAAAUAUAAAGUCAAAUUGAAAGCAAAGUUGAUCAAUUAAUUAAUCACCUGAUGAAACAAGUUAUCAUUCAAGAAUCAAUUAUCAAUAGUCAAUGCACACACACAUCAUCAUCAAGUGUAGGAGGAUGAAUUUAUUAUUUCGUAAUUUAUCAUAUUCAAAAUGGUUUUUAACCAGAGGAAUUGCUGAUUAUGUUCAGGGACAAUCACCAGAGGCUCGUGUUCGAGAAUAUUUUUAUUAUAUAGAUCACAAUGGAAUGCUGUUUCUUGAUGAUGCGAGAAUGAAAAAUUUUACAUCUUGUUUUAAAGAAAAAAAAUUUCUUAAUUUUUUUUUUAAAAGAUUAAAGAUAAAUGAUAGUAAUAGAUAUACCAAAGAUUUUCCAUAUUUAUCACUUUGUGGAAAAGAAAGAAAUUUUAUACGUUGUGAUGAUUUACCAAUUGUUUUUACACAUGUUAUCAAUGAUUCCAAUUCUGAUAAUGAAUUAUUUAGCUAUGCCUAUGCUGAUGAUUUACUUGUGGUACCUUUUCAGCCUAGCAAAAUAUGUAUGAAUAUUAAAACUGGAAGAGUCUAUCAUCCAGCAUCAGAAAAAAUUGGAGGUAUUGGUUUAGUUAAAUCAAAAUUUGCCAUUGAAUUAAGUCCGUAUUUUGAAUUUACAAAUGGUGAAGAUAAACAUCCAACUCAUUUAACUUGGAGAGGUAAACGUUUUGUUUUAGACAGUCAAUGGUACCAUGAUAAACUUAAAUUAACUAAAAACAUAGAAGACUAAUUAAACGAAAAUUUAAUAAAAAAAAUUAAGUAAAUAAUUUUAAUGAACCUCAAUCAAG